UUCUGGCCACCUAAACCGUGGCUUACAGCCUUAUGGAAGACCUGGGCAAGUCCACGCUGUGGCUGCAGGCCGAGCUGGCCUCUCCUUCUCCGUGCUUGCAUAUCCUUGAUUGCCGCAGCCGAGACCUAUACGACUCAUCCCAUGUGGAGCGGGCCCUGAGCGUAGCCCUCCCAGGACUACUUCUGCGCCGCCUUCGGAAGGGGAGCCUGGCAGUCCGGUCCUUGCUGCCUGAGCCCCCUCAGGGGCUCUGUGAGAACAUGGUUUUGCUGUAUGAUGAGGGGACAAUCCAGCUCCCUCAGCCGGACAACCAGGAGGAAGAAGAAUCAGUGCUGCUCACACUCUUGCAGAAGCUCCGAGAUGAGGGCUGCCUGGCCUACUACUUGCAGGGAGGCUUCAAUAAAUUCCAGGCUGAAUGGCCCCAUCUCUGUGAAACCAACCUGGAUACAGCCAGUGCCAGCAGCUCUCCUGUUCCCCCUACGGCUCCCAUCGUGGGGCUGGGAGGUCUUAGCCUAAGCUCAGAUGGCUCCGAUGCUGAGUCAGAGCCCCUCAGCAGCGGCAUGGAGUCUGAAGGCACGAGUCCCCCCUCCUUUCCUGUGCAGAUCCUACCCAAUCUCUAUCUGGGAUGUGCCCGAGACUCUGCCAACAUGGACACUCUGGCCAAACUGGGAAUCCACUACAUCCUCAACGUGACUCCGAACCUCCCAAACCUCUUUGAGAAGAAUGGCGACUUCCAAUACAAACAAAUUCCCAUCUCGGAUCACUGGAGCCAGAACCUUUCUCAGUUCUUCCCUGAAGCUAUUGAUUUCAUUGAUGAGGCCCUCUCUAGGAAUUGCGGCAUUCUGGUGCACUGCUUGGCAGGGAUCAGUCGCUCAGUCACCGUCACUGUAGCCUACCUCAUGCAGAAGCUCAACCUGUCUCUCAACGACGCCUAUGACCUGGUGAAGCGAAAGAAGUCCAACAUCUCACCUAACUUCAAUUUCAUGGGGCAGCUGCUGGAUUUUGAGAAGUCCCUGGGGCUUAACCAGGGCAGUCGGCGGCCAGCCUCAGACCAGACCUGCUUCUUCACCUCACCAACCCAUGACAGUGUCUUUGAGCUGGAUCCUACGUAGGAACCAGAAGGGUGCUACGUUUGUGUCAUGGCCACCAACACCUCCUGUUCAUGGUUCUAUCUGCCUGCCCUG